UCUUGGUUCACUUCUAAAAGAGUAUUUCAGAUAGAAUAUGCCUGAACAUGAAGAUGAUGUUGUUGAGGUGAAGGAAGGAGGAGGAGGUGGGAUCGAGGGACGAAAUGAAACUGUUUUGGCGAGGAAGUUGAAGAAGACGUUAGAGUUAAAACUAGAGAAGGACGGAGAUACUGUGGAUGCACUCAUGGAGCUUUCUACAUUCUUCAAGGAGAAUAACUUGAAGACUCGGAGAAACCUACGAGGACAGAUUGAAAGACGUAGUUUAGAGAUCAAUCAUGAGUUCCUCUCCGCAUUCCAGGCCGUCAAGGAGAGCCUGGACGGGAUUCAUAAUAACGUCAAGGGAAUGUCAGACUCGUGCAAAUCUAUGCAGAACCGGUUGGAGCUGAGUAAGAAACAAACCCAGGAACUGAUGAAGAAGACAACUGAGCUCCGAGGGGAAGGAAAUAAACUGACCACUCAGAAACAACUAGCGGAGAAGAUGAGAGAACGACUAGUUCUCACAAAUAAGGAGGUUCAAGAGCUAAAGGGAGGAACUGAGAUUAAUAGGAUCGGAGCAAGCUUCUUCCUUGUACUGGAAAAAGUUAAACGGAUACACUCGGACUGUAAGGUUCUGCUUGCUGCCGGUCACCAAGCUACAGGGUUGAGUGUGAUGGAGAGAAUGGAAGAAUACCGGGAGCUGGGACUAGACAGACUUUAUCGUUGGUCUCAGAGUGCAGUACGGAAUAUAGAGAUUGGAGAGAAUUCUGGAAACCUUGCUCAAGGAUUCUUUCAUCUCCAGGAGAAAGAAGCUCUCUUCAACCACAUUAUCGAGGAGUUCAUCUCUUGCCGGAGACAAUAUAUAGUUCGUCAGUUCCUGGAUGCUCUAACUGUCGGAGGUCCCGGAGGAACUCCGCGUCCUAUAGAACUGCAUGCUCAUGAUCCUACCCGAUAUGUCGGAGAUAUGUUAGCCUGGUUGCAUCAGAUCUGCCCCGGGGAGACGGAGAAUAUAACGCUUCUUUUUAAACUAUGCGAUAGGACGGAUAAGGUGGAGCUGACGGGACGUAUUCUUUCCGGUAUAACAGAGGGAGUAUGCAGACCUCUGAAAUCAAGGAUAGAACAGAUCCUGGUCUCCGAGUCCAGUGCAAUUAUUCUCUACAAGCUGACUAAUCUCAUCAGAUUCUACGAUAGAACAAUUUCAGAUAUUCUACGUUGUUCAAGUGUACUGAGUUCAACUCUAUGCGAACUUCAACAACUGUCAUAUUCACAGUUUCUCUCCUUGCUUCAAACAUCUGUGACAGCACAGUUAGCAAAAAGUGAGCUCGGGGACGGAUCUUCAGAUUUAUCUCCUUCUUACACAACAUCGUCGCUAUUGGGACUUUUAAGAGAUGUUUUGUCUGGACACUCUGUCGUAGAAUCCAGUCAGGCUGAUCUACCUGUUGUAGUUCGAGCAGUAGUUGAUCCUCUUACUCUACAUCUACAGGAAACUGCUCUUAAACUUCCUAAACAAGAUGCAGCGGUUUUCUUGCUAAAUAACUUCCAUCCUCUCCGCUCCACCCUCUCCCUCUACCAGUCCGAUGAUAAGAGGUUACUUGAGCUGAACAAGAGAAUGGAAACCUGUAUCCUGGAUCUGGUCAGAGAACAAACCUCUUAUAUUCUUCUUAAUCUUGAACUAGUUCCGAUCCUUGCCAUCAUAUCACAGAAUGACGGUAGUUCACUCUCCUCUGUGCCUGGCACUCAUAGGGAAGCAAUAGGAGCUGCCAUGGCUAGACUUGAUAAUCUUCUCUCCGCUCCUGAUCUUUAUAUUCUUCCGUCCACAAGAUGGUUGGUUUCCUCUCAGCACAGAAAAACUGUCCGGAUAUCCUCUCAUCUUGAAUUAGUGAAAUCGUACACACUUCUUUAUCAGGCUGUAACGGAUCCUAAUAACGGAUACGAACCUGGAACCCUGAGUAAGACGCCGGAGCAGAUAAAACUACUCCUACAGAUCUAACACCCUUGUCUUAUCUAUAGAAUGAUGAGAAGCCAGCAAUAUGAUGAAUCCGUUUCACGUUUUUAAGUUUUUGUUAACUGUACUCUAUACCUGAGCGAGUUUUGUAUUUAUUUCAAUUCGUUUGCAAUAUUUAAACCAAUUAUAUAAAGCUAUUUUUUGAUCAUAGGCCGAAAAAUAAUCUAAAGGGGUUUACAGAGUGUAGUGGCGAUUUGGUAGUGAGGAGUACCAACUGUACCAACCUGUAUUUUACUAAAUGAUCAAAUGUUCUGAAAUGAUGAAAACAAUUAUAGUUAAGUUUUUUGGACAGGGUAAAAAUAAUUAUUAAAUUGCUUUAUGUCGGUACAGGGGUUCCAAGUCAGGUUCCCUUUCACAUCUAUAUAAUAUUAAGUUAAAUAUCUUUGAAUGUUGAUUGAGGUUGAGUUUUUUAAAGGAUAUUGUGAAGUUUUUGGGGUUUUAGCCAUAAUUUGAAGAAGAAUUUAAUAUUUUACCAUGUUUAAGAUUCAUUUAUUGUAAUCAUCAUUUGCUAUUAGUUUAGAGUGUUGAUGAAUUCAGUGAUACACCAGUCGGCCGACUUUUUGUGAUAUGAAAUUUAUUCCACAGAUUUAUAAAUUUUGAAAUUUUAUGCACCUAUCUAUAUUUCAG